AUGUCCGACAACGACGCAACUAAGCAGGUGGCUAGAAAUGCACCAAUCGAGCUAUUGAUCUUACUUGAGGAAAUACUAAGAAAUCAUCGGACAAACAUGCUUCUCGUCACCAUGAUUAUCACCCUGGGCAGUUCCACCGCACGGAAAAGGAAACGGGGGGGGGGAAGAUUCACCCCAGAGGUAAUGAUUGAAGCCAUUCCGGCUCAUGUAAAGCAGCUGGAUAGGCUUGUCCGGCUUUCUGACCGUUCCUGCGUAGACAAUUUGCGGAUGGAUAGAAACACGUUUGGUAGAUUGUGUCGCAUCUUACGUGACCGUGCUGGAUUAGUAGAUCAAAAAUUUGUCACCGUUGAGGUACAAGUUGCUAUGUUUUUGUCCAUUUUAGCUCACCACAAAAAGACUCGGGUUGUAGGACACGAUUUCAUGCGUUCAUCUGAAACAGUGUCUAAAUACACACAUAUGGUGCUCCGUGGGGUACUUACUUUGCAUGAUAUUUUUUUGGUGAAGCCGGAACCUGUUGGUGAUGACUGUGUGGAUUUCAGAUGGAAGUGGUUUAAGGGCUGUCUUGGAGCUCUAGACGGAACAUACAUACACGUACGCGUGCCGAUUGGUGACGCACCUCGUUAUCGUAAUAGAAAAGGACAGAUAUCCACAAAUACACUUGCCGUAUGCGAUCGCCAACUUAGGUUCGUGUAUGUUCUGCCAGGAUGGGAGGGUUCAGCUGGUGAUUCGCGCAUAUUACGUGAUGCCAUUAUCCGGCCGCUCGGACUUAAAGUACCCAAAGAUUGCUAUUACUUAUGCGAUAAUGCAUAUGCAAACAGCGAGGGCUUCAUCACUCCGUACAAAGGUGUUCGCUACCAUUUGAAGGAAUGGGGUCAUGGCAGCCAUGCACCGCAAACAAGAGAGGAAUUGUUCAAUCUGAGGCAUUCUAAAGCUCGGAAUGUUAUUGAGCGUUCAUUUGCAGUACUUAAGAUGCGUUGGGGAAUACUUCGCAGUCCAAGUUUCUAUCCUAUUGAGGUCCAAACGGGUUUGAUCAUCGCAUGUUUCUUGCUCCAUAACUUUAUACGCACUCAUAUGGAGGUGGAUCCGUAUGACGAAUUGGUAGGAGAACACGAAGAAGAGGGGUAUGGAAGUGAUCACGAUGAUACUGUCGUGCCCACUAUAACUACGGUCGCGCCAACACCAUUGUGGACGAAGAAGAGGGACGACCUUGCUACUGCAAUGUGGGCUAAUGGAACAAAUAUUUGA